CUUUCUGCUUUCCUGAAUCCAGCAGAGGACCAGAGCCAGCAAGAAGAGAGGGUGUGGAAGAAAGCAUUUGAAGAGGACUGAACAUUUGCACUGGUGCGGUGAGCUGCUUUGGUGCUGAAAGGAGCUUGCUGAGCCAGAAAGAUGCGUGAGUAUACGGAAAAGAAGGAAACAUGUGGGACCAUCUGUCUCAAGUACCUGCUCUUCAUCUUCAACUUCUUUUUCUGGCUGGCUGGCGGGGCUGUGAUGGCAGUGGGCACUUGGACCCUAGCUGAGAAGAGUGACUACAUCAGCCUCCUCUCCUCCAGUACAUAUUCAGCAACUGCUUAUAUUCUGGUGGUGGCUGGGGUGGUUGUUAUGGUUACUGGCAUCCUUGUAGAGCGUCGGAAUUUGCUAAGAGUGUACUUCAUAUUGUUGCUGUGCAUCUUUCUCCUGGAGAUCAUUGCUGGAAUCCUGGCCUAUAUCUACUACCAGCAGCUGAGCAUGGAGCUGAAGGAAAAUUUGAAGAACACCAUGACCCAGAAGUACCGGAAGGAGGGAGAAGAGAGUGUUACCAGCGCAGUAGACAAACUGCAGCAGGAGUUCAAGUGCUGUGGGAGCAACAACUACACUGACUGGGCUGACAGCCUGUGGAUCAAAUCUCCAGAGGCCAAUGGACGGAAAGUCCCAGACAGCUGCUGUAAGACAAUAACUGACCUGUGUGGCCGAAGAGACCAUCCUUCCAACAUCUACAAGGAGAGCGGCUGCAUUACCAAGCUGGAAAACUUCAUUCAAGAGCAUCUGAAAAUUAUCGGGGCAGUGGGGAUCAGCAUUGCUUGUGUGCAGAUCUUUGGGAUGAUUUUCACCUGCUGCUUGUACAAGAGUUUAAAGCCAGAACCAUAUUAAUAGCUGUGGGAACUCUGUCGCUCCCCUUCUGCCACUUCCCUUAGCGCCUGCCAACCUGACCACUAUCCACCACCACCACAGAAGUGUCUGUAACCUGAGGACUUGGCUCUGUAAUUAAAUGCCU